AUUUUAGAAUUCAUCAGAGCAUAUCCAGAACUUACAAAGGUUAAGGUUGAUUACUUCUACUCACCUAUGUUGGAGUGAGAUAGAUCAAAAAUAAAUUUGAAGUUUAUGUGUUACGCUGAGUUUUAAUAAUCAUCAACAUAUUGACCAAAAUGGAGGAUUGGAUGACCAUUGAAGAAAAAGCAAUAAUAAUUCCACACAUCAUGGGAGCCACUGCUCACACAGAACAGCAACUUGAUAUGAAAUCUGUAAGAUAUGAAGACCCCAGUGAAAUCAUCUCAAACAAGGAAAAGCUGACACAAGUGAAAAAGCCGAAAUUCACUUUCGAAACUGGAAGCACUUAUGAGGGCGAAUGGGAUGCCUUUGGAAUGUCUGGGAAGGGAGUUUUCAAGAUGUUCAAUGUUUUAUGA